AACUACAAAUAUUGGUUGUCAGUCCAUUACUGCACGGUUUCCUAGCAAUUGCAACACAGCUCGUUCAAUGGUUUUCGUAAAUACUGUUGUGUACCUACCAGUUUAAUUUAGUGUUCUAAAAAUUGCGCGUGUAUUCACGUUAAAAUCCUUUUUAUCACAAUCAUUUUUUAAAAAUUGAUAUAUUUUAACAGUAAAAGCACAGAUGUCGGCUGGAGAUCUUGUAAAUAGUCUCGGUAAGCUUGAAAGUAAGCUGAAACAAGUAAAAUUUCCAAAUUAUCGAAGAGCAGACUUCCUUUCAGGAACUUUGGAUAUCUACCUUGCUGUAUACGGUUAUGUGUUUUCAUCGUUUAAUUGUGAAUUUAGUAAAGCUAUUGCUGAAAGAGGUUUGGAACUUUAUGGUAAAACUAACAAACACUUCGUCGACAAUCUCUAUCGCAUAGUGCGAGAUGUUUUGUGUUAUAAACCUCCCAUUACAAAAAAUAUGUUCUUGAUUGAUAGAGCCUUUAUUGAGAUGAAAAUGAUAAUGUGUACACAUAUUUUGGAUUUAGUUCUACAAAAAUGUAAAGAGUUCUCGACUGUGACUCGUAGAAGUAGUCGCUGCAAAACACGAAUUUUAGCCAACAAAUCUAAUACAAACGAAGGACCUCGCCUGAGAAAUAGUAUAAACACCGCUAAUGAAGAACCUACUAACCCUGUUAAAGUGUCAAAUUCUUCUGCGUCUACUCUAUAUCGUCUUGAUAACAAUACACACUUUUAUAAUCAACAAAAUGCCACCAGAUCUCACUUACAUAAACCUGAACACAAUCCAGAAGACACCCAAACUGAAAAAACGGAUAAGACCGAUUAUUCCAUUAAACCGCAUCUUGGGAAAAAAUUGUUCCAUGCUUGUUCUGCUUUAGGGAUUCCAAAGAACUAUCAAAUUACUCAGUUUGCAUUGCCUCCAAAUUCAAAAAGUCGUGUAAUUCUUGAAAAACAGAAAUCAAACAUUGAGAAAAUCCCAGUCAGAGUUGAAAUAGGACCCUUUCCAAAGAAAGAAAAAACCCAAGAACUUUUUAUAACCCAGAAUGAAAACUCAAAUCAUCCAUCAAACUGUGUUGAGAAACAGGAUGAUCACAUUUCAAACACUAUUCCUAAAGUAGUAAGAUGUCCACUAACUAGCACCCUCCAAAAUGCUGAAAAGAUUUCAAAUUCUUCAAAAGAGAUUAAUCAUGAUCCCAUGAUGGAAAACAUCUCAGAAACUUUAGUCAAAUCUGCAAAGAUUCUCCUGGAUUUACAACAGAAAAAUCUAGAAGGAAUGAUAUCAAAUUCUUCUAAAAUGUUUGUAGGCAAAGAAAAUUCUCCAGUAUUAUCAUCAUUAGACACGGAAAUCACUCCUGUUGAGCCUCAACAGAAUGCAAAAGAAAAUUUCACGAAGAACCAAACUUGUUUUCAUCCCUCUUCUGUUGAGCUGGGUAUUACCUGUAAAAAAGAAUUGGAUUAUUGCCUUGCCAAAAUGAAUUUGAUGGAAUGUGCUAUUAAGUCCUUAGAAUCUAAAUUAGAAAAUCUGUGAUAAACUCCAAUUUGAUAUAUUUUUAAUUAACAACUAUAUUGUAAUGAAAAUAUAAGCAUUAAUACUAUGAAUUGCAAUUAUAAAUAUGUAAAUCAUUUGUGUAUAUAUAAAGGUAUAUGUGUGUGUGUGCAGCAGCUUUUAAUAUGUAUGAUUUUAUAUGCUAUUCAAUAUUAAUGCAUUUAUAAUAAUCAGUUUUAUUAAGUUAUUAUUAUUCCUUUUUCAAAUUUCAUGUAUAUUAAAUUACAAUCUUAUUACAUUCAUUAAAAAAAAAUAAUUACUACAUGAAGGAUACCUAGCAUUGUCCAGGAAAUAAAAUGCAUAGCUGGUGGCUAUGUAUUUCUUGAAUGAAAAUAACGGUAAUUCUGCCUAGAUUUAUUACUUCAAAUACAAUGCUUAUUUUAUUUGUAAGGUAUAUAUGUGUGUUGUGCAGCAGGUUUUUCGUGUCUUUGCAUAUCCUCAGUAGUCGCAGCUCAUGUCUCACUACAUGGCAGUGAGACAUGGGCUGUAACUUCUGAGGAUAUGUGAAAACUUGAAAGAAAUGAAACCAGUAUGCUAGGCUGGAUGGGUAAUGUCAGCAUGCAUAUAUGACAGGGUGUAAGUGAUUUGAGAGAAAAACUGGGUAUAUGUAGCAUCAGAUGUAGUGUGCAAGAGACAAGACUGUGCUGGUAUGGCUAUGUAAUAUUUAUGAAUGAAGACAGUUGCAUCAAGAGGUGCCAAUCUCUAAUUGUAGAGGGAAUGUAGAAGGGGUAGAUCCAGGAAGACUUGCAACAAAAUGGUGAGAAAGGAUCUACAAAUGUUGGGAUACACAGAGAGGAUGUCGGGACUGCGAUUCUUGUCAGUUUGCUAUGCUUGAAAAGAUAUGUCAAGAUAAAUAAAAGUAUGGUUGCCCUUGCAUACCUAACCUUGUGGGCUUGUAAGUGCUGGUGCCACAUAAAAAGCUAUUUUAUUAUAUUCAAUGCAUUCACUGUGUAUUUAUUAAUAAUGAGAUAUUUGUGGUUUUGGAGUGUUAGCUCCUAUUUCUAGCAAUUGGUAUUCUGAUACCCUACUUUAUUUAUUUGUAUAUUUUACCUAUAUAUGUUAAACUUGCUGGCAAUUCUAUUAUUAUUAUUAUUAAUGGUAAUAAUACUUUAUUUAAUUUUAUAUAUAUAUAUAUGUAUACUAGCAGAGAUACUGUUUUUUGAAUGAGGAUGCGCGUGUGUUGAGAUGUUCCUUAAUGCGAGUACGCAAAGUUCGAGUUGUGCUGCCUAUAUAAAACACCUUACAUUUGUUGCAUUCUAUUCAGUAUACUACAUGUGUCUGCUGGCGCAUACCUGUAUCACGGAUAGGACAGUUAGUUAAUGAGCAUUGAUUGUUGUCUCUAGAUAGCUUUUUAUUCAGGUAUCCGUGCAGAGAGGGGCCGGAGUGUGCUAAUUGUAUGUCCAGUCCUUCGUUGUGUAUGGCUCUACAAAUUGCUGUGGUUAUGCUUUCAUUGAAAUGUGGUAAUUUCAUGAAGCAGGUGUUAGAGAAGGUGCUUUUUGUUUCAGUAAGUUUCUAAAAUAAUGAAGAAUUUAAUAAAAUAAGUUUUUAAUUAUUAA